AUGGUGGACGCAAAGAAUGAGAAAGCCUGGCCGGUAACGGGAACGUCUGUCAAUAUCGAAAAUGCCACAGGCGCACCGGCUACCAGCGUGGACGAUGUCCUUGUGCAAGAUAGGCUUUCUGCAUGGUCGUGGACAGCUCUGCGCCUAUAUGGAAUUAUUGCUGUCACAACAUUGAAUUGCUCAAUGAAUGGGUUUGACGGCACCUUGAUGUCAUCUCUUAAUGCAAUGGAGCCAUUUCACGAGCACUUCGGAACAAAAAUGGACGGAGCUGGUACUGGCAUCUUGUUCGCCAUUUACGCGGUGGGAAAUCUUGCUGGAGCCCUCGCAGCAGCCCCAGCUUCCGAUAUUCUCGGCCGACGCUUUGGAAUGUGCGUGGGCUCCUUGUUCAUCAUCUUGGGUGCAGCCCUAGAAGCUUCAGCCAACAAUGUCUCCCAGUUCAUGGGCGGUCGGUUUCUGAUUGGUUUCGGGGUCUCUGUAUCGAAUACGGCAGGGCCAACGUACCUGGUGGAAGUUGCUUUGCCGCAGUGGCGUGGCGCUCUUGGUGGCCUCUAUAACACCAUUGGAUACUAUUCAGGAGCGUUGGCUUGCACGUGGAUUGCCUACGGAACAGGGUUUUUGUCCACAAACUGGUCAUGGCGCAUCCCCGUCAUAAUUCAAAUUGUGCCUGCGUUGACUAUCUUCUCAGCUGCAUACAUGCUGCCAGAAAGCCCUCGGUGGUUAUGGGAGAAGAACAAGAAGGAGGAAGCCCGGGCUAUGCUUAUCAAGUAUCACGGUUCUGGCAACCCGGAUUCUUCUUUGGUGGCAUUUGAAUGCGUCGAAAUCGAAGCACAGUUGAACCAGGAGAUCGAAUCCGGUCGCCAUCACAGGUGGUGGGACUUUAGGCCUCUCUUUAUUGGUAGGGCCAUGUGGUAUCGAUUGUGGGUGAUGUUCUUGGUUUGUGUCUUCGCACAGUUCAUCGGAGGGUCUGUGAUUAGUUAUUUCAUGCCUGUGAUGUUGCAAAAUGCCGGCAUUACGAGCUCACACCAACAACUUCUUCUAAAUGCUUUGAAUAUCGUCUUUGGGGUCAUAAGUGGCAUCGUCGGCAGCUUUUUUGUCGAACGCUGUGGUCGUCGUACUCUGUUCCUGUGGGGGACCCUCUUGACCGGCCUCAUCUACAUCCCCAUCAACGUGAUUGCUUCCUAUGAUGCAGCCCACAUCACGAGGAGCAUGGGCUACGGAUUCGUUGCCUGCAUCUUUCUCUACGGCAUCGUGUACUCCUUUUGUUGGACCACGCUCCAGGCGCUGUAUCCUGCCGAAAUUCUUCCUACAAAAGUUCGCGCCAAGGGACUUGCCUUUCAGGGACUGUUGUCCGGGGGCUCGUCCUUUAUCAACAUGUACGCAACACCAGUCGGCAUGAGCACUAUCGGGUGGAAGAUGUACACAAUUUUCUUGGUUUUCCAUUUCCUCGAGUAUACCGCGAUGUACUUUACUCUACCCGAGACCAAAGGUCGAACCUUGGAAGAGAUCGAAGACAUGUUCGAAGCUCGCAAUGUUGUCAAAGCGUCAUUGCAGAAGCCGCUGGUAACAAUAGACUUGGAGGGAAAAGCUCUGAACUGA